AUGGCCGCCGCUGCCGCUGCGAGCGUGAAUGCACGAAACAAGAGGCUCUCAGCCCUCCGCGCUGUGGACGACUGGAAGGGACUCUACCGGUCGCAUCCCUACGACGAGGAGUCGCCCAACACCGCGUGUCUCAUCUUUAUGCUGAUGAUCGGGUUCAGCAUGGUUGUGUAUGGCGUCCACGUGUGGUUCCAGUCCUACAUUGAUACACGCUCUUUCGUUGUGAAGGAAUUCAACUGGGCCCUGGGAAAUUGGACGAAAAAAUUCGAGCCUGUCAUGAAGAAGAGCACUGCGAGCAUCACGAUCAACGGCACUAGCAGCAGUAUGUCAAUGGACAACACUUCCGAAUUCCCCAAGAAGUGGCAGACGGAAUUCGCUCUGCUGUGGGAGUGGAUCACUGUCGGGGUCAACCAGAAGAUGUGUCGGGUGCAGAGUCAUGGCGUCUGGGAGCGAGGGAGCUGCUGGAGCCUGCGGAGACUGACGAGCGUCUGCCUGACGCUCGAGCUCAAGGAAGCUGGGAACGAGCAGCAGUGGGUGCUGCCGGCGAGGCAAGUGUCGCAAUGCGGAUGUAGCAAGGAUGGGCCCUUGGUGUAUGCCAAGGAAUUCUCCCGGCGGCUGCCCAACUCCAACCGGAGGCUCUCGUCCCAAGAUCUCAGCCCCACCCGCGGCAACUUCUCCUCCCCCUUCGUGGUCCAGUUUGCCCUGCGGUACAAGGAGGAUCCAUUCCUCUCAGCUUCAAAGCUCUCCAACGGCCAGUUCACCUUCGGCCCGACUCCUCAUCAGAACUUCCUUGAAAGCAUCGUUAUGAUGGCCCUCGGGGGAAUCAUCAUCCUCCCUGCCAGCGUCGCCCUGAUCGCCCUGUCCUGCGGAUGCUCUCCGGACAAAUCGAGGAGCAGCCGACAACGGAAGCCGAGCGCGGAAACGAGGAGGCCGCAGAGGUACACGAGGCUGGCGGAGGAGGAGGAGAGGACGGAACAUAGAGUGAUGAUUGGCGAUGCAAACAGCCAGACUGUGAGACGGCGGGGAAGGAGCAAGGACAACGUCGAGAUGAAGCCUCUCCUGCAGCAGCAGCAGGAGGAGGAGAAGGCGGAUCAAGCGCACGAGACCCAAGAGGUUCGGAUUGAUAUCAAGGAGAGCUCCAACACAUAA